AGGCGUGGAGGUGACUCUCUAGCCUUCAAGGCCUCUACUCGCCAGUCCCGACUGACGUUGGGCAACAAAGAUGGCGGCGGGAACCAGCAAUUACUGGGAAGAUCUCAGGAAACAAGCUCGACAGCUGGAAAACGAACUUGACCUGAAACUAGUUUCCUUCAGUAAACUGUGUACAAGCUACAGUCACAGCGGCACCCGGGAUGGAGGACGCGAUAGGUAUAGUUCUGACACCACACCCCUAUUAAAUGGAUCAAGCCAAGACAGAAUGUUUGAGACAAUGGCAAUUGAAAUUGAACAGCUUUUGGCAAGGCUUACAGGAAUAAAUGACAAAAUGGCAGAGUACACCCACAGUGCAGGGGUGCCCUCCCUCAACGCAGCCCUGAUGCACACGCUGCAACGGCACAGAGACAUUCUGCAGGAUUACACACACGAAUUCCAUAAAACCAAAGCAAACUUUGUGGCAAUACGGGAAAGGGAGAAUCUCAUGGGAUCAGUACGAAAAGAUAUUGAGUCAUAUAAAAGUGGGUCUGGAGUAAACAACAGGAGAACUGAACUGUUUCUGAAAGAGCAUGACCACCUUCGGAACUCUGACCGUCUGAUAGAAGAAACCAUAAGCAUUGCUAUGGCAACAAAAGAGAAUAUGACUUCCCAGAGAGGAAUGCUCAAGUCAAUUCACAGCAAGAUGAACACUCUGGCCAACCGCUUUCCCGCCGUGAACAGCCUGAUACAAAGGAUCAACCUCAGGAAGCGGCGUGACUCGCUGAUCCUUGGAGGUGUCGUUGGCAUCUGUACCAUCCUGUUGCUGCUGUAUGCCUUCCACUGAAAGCACAGCCCCAGGACUCUGCCCACCACCUUCAUGGCCUGAUCUAGAGUGGGGAACCUGCGAAGGAGAAAGACCAACUCGGCCAUGAGCCCGCCAGCAGAUGAAUUCUAAACCGCACCGUGGCUUUGACCUGGUCGGACUGAGCUGAGCCACGGGUCUUCUGUGCUCUUUUCUAAUACACAUUACUCUGUUUUUAAUUUUAAAAACAACACAAGGUUCCAGUUGCUUGUGUCUCCCUAGGAGGUAAGCAGGCCAAGCUGAGAGUCUGGGCUUCAGUGACUGGUGAAGCCAGGUGGGCAGCGGGCCUCAGAGCUGACGCCUCACAGCACCCGGCUUUCUGCGGGCCUCAGAGCGGACGCCUCACAGCACAAGCUCUCUACAUCCAAAGAUGGCUUCGCUUUCAGCCACGAGAUUGGAUGUGAAUAAAAGUAAUUGUUGUCCUUUUAUUUAACACUUGUGAUGAGAAAUCAGCUGUCCUUUGCUGAUAUUCUGUGAUCUAUAUUCUAUUCUGUGUCCCUAACUCUUGGCAGUCAAGAAAAAUUCCAUUUCCCACGGGUUCUGUAAGAUGUUGGUAGGUCAGCUUCAUGUUUGAGGCUGUUUGAAAUGGAGAGCACUGUAGAAAGGGCGCCUCCUUUCUGUUUCAGUUGUGAGCACUGGGUCAACUGUACCGCCGCCAACACACCAGAAUGGCAGUCCUUGCGAAGGAGCUGGCCAUUGCUUUAUUAUUUCUUCCAUUGGGCUAAUAUUUGCUCGUAUAUGAUAAAAUUGCAUUUCCACUGACAGGCAGUCAGUGUCUGCCAUUGCCCCUAGUGGUCCCAUAUCAUGUGAAGCCUAAUAUUAGGAACUGAGGGAAGGGACGUGGUUCUCAGUGAGGCCUGCUCGUGAGCCACCGUGAGAAGACAGUGAGGGGUGGCUCUCUGGGCUUUCCUGUCAGUGUGGUAUAGCCUGUGGCAGGGUGAGCACGAGCCUGGGGUCCCAGUGCUCUGCCCUGUGCAGAUCUAUCCCUUCUUCCUCUGCUGGCCCCCUCCUACCUGCAGGCCUCAGGGUGGCCACUGCAGAGCCUGUGGCUCCUACCUGCACCUCUGUUACUUUGGACAGUGACAGAAUUGUGAAUGCUGCUCAAGGUUAGCCAUUUCUCAGCAUCUGUAAAUUGGUAACUUGUCAUACUGAACUAGCAGAUAGUGUAAAGGCUCCAAUCUGUGCUCACCAAGAGAGAAGGCUGCUGGUCCCCCUGGAAUGUCCUCUGCACAUUGUCCAUAUUGUCCUAGCAGUGCGAGGAUAUUAGAGUAUAGCUCUUCACCAUGCUAUGGUGUGGGAUGGCGCCUCUGGGCCAACUUGAUACAUAUACUGCUCAUGGAUAGACUGACACCCAGUCUGGGACUGACUGACAGAUUUGACAUUCAUUGAAGUGUUAGCAUAUUCUGGGUAUGAAAGGCAUUUGAUAUAUUUUUCUUAAUUAUGGGGUUUAUUUUUCUAAAUAUGGGUUAAUCAGCUUGUUGACUGGGCAUGCCCUUAAAAGGAAAUUAAAUUUCCCUCUGUUGUCCUUAAAGAAUCAGGGAAGUUUGUUUGUUAAAUUCUCUUUGAGAGAACAGAACUUCUCUUCCCUGAUACUUCAUUAUCUUUGAUUUUUUUCAAAGGGUCUUGAUUGGCAGUUGUGCCUCAGCUAGACUUUAUGGGACUUUGGUUGUUAUAUAGUGGGCAUAUAUAAAAUCUGAAGUAUCGUAAAUAAAGUUAUUUAUUUAAAUACACAGCCAGUCUUUUCCACUGGUUUGAUUACCUGUUUCAUUCACUAAAGCUAAUGAGGCAGUGAAAGCGAGGCCAUGGCCUGCUCCACAGCCGGGCAGCCCAGGAGGCUGUGCUCAGAUGAACAAAUGGAAUUAUGUUGCUUGUUUUCUUUUUGAGUAAAUCAGUUCUUUCAAAGAACCCUAGUUGUAGAUGCUGGGGUCUGACCUUCCAUUGUGGUGUCCUAGAAGGAAGACUGCUCUCCCUUCUGGUUCCACCCUGUACAGGACCCUGUGAUUGCCCAUUGGAACUUCAGUUUUAUGACAUUCAAUUUUUUUUUUCAA